AUGACCAAUGUAUAUACUUUGAAAGAUAUCAAUAAUAAAAGUGAUUGUUCCUUUAGAGGGGUCGGUCAACGACUUGGUGGUGCAAAUGAGCAAGAGAUUAAAGAAAAAUUAUAUUCUGCUCUUAAAUCUAAAGCUGAAAUUAAUGAUCUCAGCGAAAAGCUGGUAGAUAAGUACAAUGAGCGAGAAAAGGAGUUUGAAAAUAAAGCUAGCCAGUUAAUUGCAUCCACUACUAAAGUUAGAUCCCAACUUAUUUCUGAACGAAAGUCUCAUACUGAGAGUCAACGUGAGCUUGAAGCCAAAUAUACUGCCGAAAUCCAAUCGCUCAAAUCUAAGAUUAAAACACUGAAAAGAGAGGGGACUUUAGCCCGGAAAGCUUCGUCCGCCGACAAGACCAAGAUUCUUUCUCUUGAAACUAAAGUACGUGAAUUGGAAGGUAAGUUGGAUGACUUGAAACUAGAACAGGUGCUCCAUGAUUCGAAUGCAGUGGGAGGGAUGAUAGAGGAUCCAGCCCAAUCUGAUCGUAAAGAGAUCGAUUCUCUCUGGCUUGAAUUGGAACGAGUGAAGGAAGACCUUAAUUCGAAAGAAUAUAAAAUAGAAUGUAUGGAAAAAGGGAUAGAAGCGACACAUGAGAUAACCAGUCGGGAAAUAGAUGCUUUGUAUUCGGCACGAUCAAAAUUAAUGGAGAAAAAUAGGUCUCUCAGGGACCAGUUAGAAUUGGAAAAAAAUAAUAAAGUAGAUCCUCAACCCCCGCCUAUGAAUGAUUCAUCGCAACUUGGUCCUGAAGGGACUCCUUCCACUCUUAAUCCUUCUCAAAUAAUUUCUGUAGGUGGCGCAGAAGCGGUGCCUUUACUAGCAACUACUCCUAUCGUCACAAGCUCCUCGAUCCCGCCUAUGUUAAUAUAUUCUAUACUUACCCUAGUACUUAUUACGAUUAUAUGCUUCAUGGCUAGGAAAUGGUGGAAUUCGCGGAAUAAAGACGACCGACCAGCUUGGGCCACCGUACAUGCUAGUAACCAUCCAAUAUGA